AUGGGGCUUUGCAGAUCAGUUUUAGGGUUUGGAUUCACUGCUGCUGCUGCUGCUGCUGUUGCUGCAGCCCUUAAAUUCUCUAGCGAUGACUCAGUUUACCACCGAGAAGUGGUUGAGGGGAUAAGUUAUGAAGACCCAUUGUGGAUGGCUCUUACCUUAAUAGCCUUCUGUUUCUCUGCAUUCACAGCUGUGGUACGUUGGGUCUUUGUAAAGCACCAUAACACUCCUAAUGUGAGGGCCAAUAACAGAAUCCUCAGCUACCUAUUACUCGUGUCGCUCUUGUUCUGUUUUCUGUGCUCCUUUUUCUGCAUUGGCCAUCCUAACAGAGUGACCUGUAUCUUGCAACAAAUCAUAUCUGGAAUUGUAUUUACUGUUGCUGUUUCCGCAGUUCUGGCCAACACAAUCACUGUGGUUCUGGCUUUCAAAGUCACAGACCCAGGAAGAAGAUGUGUGCUCAGUGUUGUGGAUCUGUUUAUCCUGUAUCUCCCUCUCAUUUGGCAUUUCUCUGGCAAGGCUGUAUCCUAUACAAUGUGUUCAAAAGCAACACAGGUGACUUUUGAUGAUGUGCAUGUGAACUUCACUGAGGAAGAGUGGAAUUUGCUGGAUCCUUCCCAGAAGAAUCUCUACAAAGAUGUGAUGUUGGAAACCUACCUGAACCUCAAAGCUAUAGGCUGUAAUUGGGAAGACCAUCAUCUUGAAGAACAUUUUCAAAGUAUUAGAAGACAUGAAAGACAUAAAAUGACACAUAAUAGAGAGAAACCUUAUGAAUGUAAUCAAUGUGGUAAAGCCUUUGCAAGACCUGGUGAUCUCCAAAAUCAUAAAAGAACACAUACUGGAGAGAAACAUUAUAAAUGUAGUCAAUGUGGUAAAGCCUUUGCACAGCACAGUACUUUCCAAUAUCAUAAAAGGAAACAUACUGGAGAGAAACCUUAUGAAUGCAAUCAAUGUGGUAAAGCCUUUGCAGUACCCAGUCAUCUCCAGUAUCAUAAAAGAACACAUACUGGAGAGAAACCUUAUGAAUGUAAUCAAUGUGGUAAAGCCUUUGCACAGCACAGUGAUCUCCAAAGACAUAAAAGAACACAUACUGGAGAGAAACCUUAUGAGUGCAAUCAAUGUGGGAAAGCCUUUGCACAGCGCAGUCAUCUCCAAUAUCAUAAAAGAACACAUACUGGAGAGAAACCUUAUAAAUGUAGUCAAUGUGGUAAAGCCUUUGCACAGCACAGUACUUUCCAAUAUCAUAAAAAGAAACAUACUGGAGAGAAACCUUAUAAAUGUAGUCAAUGUGGUAAAGCCUUUGCACAGCACAGUACUUUCCAAUAUCAUAAAAGGAAACAUACUGGAGAGAAACCUUACGAAUGCAAUCAAUGUGGUAAAGCCUUUGCAGUACCCAGUCAUCUCCAAUAUCAUAAAAUAACACAUACUGGAGAGAAACCUUAUGCAUGUAAUCAAUGUGGUAAAGCCUUUUCAGGUCACAGUACUCUCCAAACACAUAAAAGAACACAUACUGGAGAGAAACCUUAUGAAUGUAAUCAAUGUGGCAAAGCCUUUUCACAUCAGAGUAUUAUCCAAAGACAUAAGAGAACACAUACUGGAGAGAAACCUUAUAAAUGUAGUCAAUGUGGUAAAGCCUUUGCAACACGCAGUAAUCUCCAAAGACAUGAAAGAACACAUGCUGGAGAAGAAUCUAAUGAAUGUAAUGAAUGUGGUAAAGAUUUCACAUGUGCUAAUUAUCAUUGCAGGCAUGUAAGAAGAUAUACUGGAGUGAAACUGUAUGAGUGUAAUAUUUGUGGUAAAGCCUUUACAAGAUGCAGUAAUCUCCAAUAUCAUAAAACAACACAUACUGGAGAGAAACUUUAUAAAUGCAAUCAAUGUGGUAAAGCCUUUGCAAGACCCAUUUAUCUCCAAAAACAUAAAAUGACACACACUAGAGAGAAACCUUAUGAAUGCGAUCAAUGUGGUAAAGCCUUUGCACAGUGCAGUCAUCUCCAAAAUCAUAAAAGAACACAUACUGUAGAGAAACCUUAUGAAUGCGAUCAAUGUGGUAAAGCCUUUGCACAGCGCAGUCAUCUCCAAUAUCAUAAAAGAACACAUACUGGAGAGAAACCUUAUGAAUGCGAUCAAUGUGGUAAAGCCUUUGCACAGCGCAGUAAUCUCCAAUAUCAUAAAAGAACACAUACUGGAGAGAAACCUUAUGAAUGUAUUCAAUGUGGUAAAGCCUUUGCAAGACCCAGUCAUCUCCAAAUACAUAAAAGAACACAUACUGGAGAGAAACCUUAUGAGUGCAAUCAAUGUGAUAAAGCCUUUACACAUCACAGUACUCUGCAAUAUCAUAAAAGAACACAUACCGGAGAGAAACCUUAUGAAUGUAAUCAAUGUGGUAAAGCCUUUACAAGACCCAGUCAUCUCCAGUAUCAUAAAAGAACACACACCAGA